AACUUCAGUACCUUGGCCCAGAGCAGACAGUACUAAGUUUCUGCUGGGGCCUGGUACUGGAUUCUCCUUCUUUUCCUAAGAGGUCAGCUGCAUGAAGAGAAGAUAACUUUUGGGGAUAGCCAACUUCCUUCUCCCCUCCUUUAAACUUUUUUCCCACAAAUAUUCUGCAUGUCUAACAUUUAGACAUGUUCAGCUUUGUGGAUUCAAGGACUCUAGUGCUCUUUGCAGCCACCCAAGCCAUAUUAUUAGCUGUUGUACGAUGCCAAGAUGAAGAUAUCCAGGACGUAGGGAGCUGCGUGCAGGAUGGGCAGAGAUAUAAUGAUAAAGAUGUGUGGAAACCCGAACCCUGCCAAAUCUGUGUCUGUGACACAGGGAACAUUCUCUGCGACGAGAUAAUCUGCGAAGAAAAUAAAGACUGUCCAAAUGCUGAGAUACCUUUCGGAGAAUGCUGCCCCAUCUGCCCAACUGAGUCAUCCUCCACCACCAGUGGACAAGGAGGCAUUAAGGGACAGAAAGGUGAACCUGGUGAUAUUAAAGAUGUUGUAGGACCAAAAGGCCCUCCCGGACCACAGGGACCUUCAGGUGAACAAGGACCAAGAGGCGAGCGUGGAGAAAAGGGUGAAAAAGGUUCUCAGGGACCACGUGGAAGAGAUGGCGAACCCGGAACUCCUGGUAACCCAGGACCCCCUGGCCCACCCGGACCUGCUGGCCUUGGCGGAAACUUUGCUGCUCAGAUGACAGGAGGUUUCGAUGAAAAAGCUGGUGGUGCUCAAAUGGGUGUUAUGCAAGGACCAAUGGGCCCUAUGGGACCAAGAGGUCCUCCCGGACCAUCUGGCUCUCCUGGACCCCAAGGUUUCCAAGGAAAUCCCGGUGAACCUGGUGAACCUGGUGCUGCUGGUCCCAUGGGUCCUCGUGGUCCUCCAGGUCCUGCUGGAAAGCCUGGUGAUGAUGGUGAAGCUGGAAAGCCUGGAAAAUCUGGUGAACGUGGACCUCCCGGACCCCAGGGUGCUAGAGGAUUCCCAGGAACCCCCGGUCUCCCCGGCGUGAAAGGACACAGAGGUUUCCCAGGUCUGGAUGGAACAAAGGGAGAAUCUGGUGCUCCAGGUACCAAGGGUGAAAGUGGAGCUAAUGGUGAAGCUGGUGCUCCUGGUCCAAUGGGUCCCCGUGGUCUCCCCGGUGAGAGAGGCCGUCCAGGACCUUCCGGUGCUGCUGGUGCUCGUGGUAACGAUGGUCUUCCCGGUCCUGCUGGUCCACCAGGUCCCGUUGGUCCUGCUGGUGCUCCUGGUUUCCCUGGUUCCCCUGGCUCAAAGGGUGAAGCUGGUCCAACUGGUGCUCGUGGUCCUGAAGGUGCUCAAGGUCCUAGAGGAGAAUCUGGCACACCUGGAUCUCCUGGACCUUCUGGUGCUUCUGGUAAUCCUGGUACUGAUGGUAUCCCUGGCGCUAAAGGUUCAACUGGUGCUCCUGGUAUUGCUGGUGCUCCUGGUUUCCCUGGUCCACGUGGCCCACCAGGACCACAGGGUGCUACAGGUCCUCUCGGUCCCAAAGGACAGACGGGUGAACCCGGUAUUGCAGGUUUCAAGGGUGAACAAGGUCCCAAAGGUGAAAUCGGAUCUGCAGGUCCUCAAGGUGCUCCUGGCCCAGCUGGUGAAGAAGGUAAAAGAGGUCCCCGAGGUGAACCUGGAGCCGCUGGUCCCCUUGGUCCACCUGGUGAAAGAGGUGCUCCCGGAAAUCGUGGAUUCCCCGGUCAAGAUGGUCUUGCUGGUCCUAAGGGAGCCCCUGGUGAACGUGGUGUUCCUGGUCUUGGUGGUCCAAAGGGUUCUAAUGGUGAUCCUGGACGUCCUGGUGAACCUGGUCUCCCUGGCGCUAGAGGUCUCACUGGCCGUCCUGGUGAUGCUGGUCCUCAAGGAAAAGUUGGCGCCACUGGUGCUGCUGGUGAAGAUGGUCGCCCUGGACCCCCUGGCCCUCAAGGAGCUCGUGGCCAGCCUGGUGUGAUGGGAUUCCCAGGACCUAAGGGUGCUAAUGGCGAAGCUGGAAAACCUGGUGAGAAAGGAUUGGUCGGCGCUCCUGGUCUGAGAGGUCUCCCCGGAAAAGAUGGUGAAACUGGUUCUCAAGGUCCUCCUGGUCCAGCUGGACCUGCUGGUGAGAGAGGUGAACAAGGUGCUCCUGGCCCCUCUGGCUUCCAGGGUCUUCCUGGUCCUCCAGGUCCCCCAGGUGAGGGUGGCAAGCCAGGUGACCAGGGUGUUCCCGGAGAAGCAGGUGCCCCAGGUCUUGUUGGUCCAAGAGGUGAGCGUGGCUUCCCAGGUGAACGUGGUUCUUCAGGUCCCCAAGGUCUCCAAGGUCCACGUGGUCUACCUGGUACUCCUGGAACUGAUGGUCCUAAGGGUGCUACUGGCCCAUCUGGUCCAAAUGGUGCACAAGGUCCACCUGGUCUUCAGGGUAUGCCUGGUGAGAGAGGUGCUAGCGGAAUUCCUGGAGCUAAAGGUGACAGGGGUGACACUGGUGAGAAAGGUCCAGAAGGUGCUCCUGGAAAAGAUGGUUCAAGAGGUUUGACUGGCCCAAUCGGUCCUCCUGGCCCAAGUGGUCCCAAUGGCGAGAAGGGAGAAUCAGGUCCUCCUGGCCCAUCUGGCCUUGUUGGUGCUCGUGGUGCUCCUGGUGAUCGUGGUGAGACUGGUCCUCCUGGCCCUGCUGGAUUUGCUGGUCCUCCUGGUGCUGAUGGUCAGCCUGGUAUCAAGGGUGAGCAGGGUACAGCCGGUCAGAAGGGUGAUGCUGGUGCUCCUGGUCCUCAAGGUCCAUCUGGUGCUCCUGGUCCACAGGGCCCAACUGGUGUUACUGGUCCUAAAGGAGCCCGUGGUGCCCAAGGUCCACCUGGUGCUACUGGAUUCCCUGGUGCUGCAGGAAGAGUUGGUCCACCUGGCUCUAACGGUAACCCUGGACCCCCUGGUCCUCCUGGAGGCUCUGGCAAAGAUGGACCUAAGGGUGCUCGUGGUGAUGCUGGCCCACCUGGCCGUUCUGGUGAUCCUGGUCUCCAAGGCCCUGCUGGUCCCGCAGGCGAAAAGGGAGAACCUGGUGAAGAUGGUCCUUCUGGUCCCGAUGGUCCCCCAGGUCCCCAAGGUUUGGCUGGACAGCGUGGUAUUGUUGGUCUGCCUGGUCAGCGUGGUGAGAGAGGUUUCCCUGGACUUCCUGGUCCAUCUGGUGAGCCUGGCAAACAAGGAAGCCCUGGAUCAUCUGGCGACCGAGGACCCCCAGGCCCUGUUGGCCCACCUGGUUUAACUGGACCUGCUGGAGAACCUGGCCGUGAAGGUAACCCUGGCUCUGAUGGUCCUCCUGGUCGUGACGGUUCUACUGGUGCUAAGGGUGACCGUGGUGAGACUGGCCCUGUUGGUGCUCCUGGUGCCCCAGGUGCCCCUGGUGCUCCUGGUUCUGUAGGUCCAACUGGAAAACAGGGAGACAGAGGUGAAUCUGGUCCUCAAGGUCCUAUUGGUCCAUCUGGUCCAGCUGGUGCUCGCGGUCUGGCUGGUCCUCAAGGUCCACGUGGUGAUAAGGGUGAAGCAGGUGAAGCUGGUGAGAGAGGACAGAAAGGUCACAGAGGAUUCACUGGUCUUCAGGGUCUUCCUGGUCCUCCUGGUACUGCUGGUGACCAAGGUGCAACUGGUCCUGCUGGUCCUUCUGGCCCACGUGGUGCUCCUGGUCCUGUUGGUCCCUCUGGCAAAGAUGGUUCUAAUGGUCUUCCUGGUCCACUUGGUCCACCUGGUCCCCGUGGUCGUAGUGGUGAAACUGGUCCUGCUGGUCCACCUGGUCAACCUGGUCCACCUGGUCCUCCUGGUCCUCCCGGCCCUGGCAUUGACAUGUCUGCAUUCGCUGGACUCUCUCAACCUGAAAAAGGACCAGAUCCUAUGCGUUACAUGCGUGCUGACCAGGCCUCCAGCUCCCUCCGCCAGCAUGAUGUUGAGGUUGAUGCCACUCUGAAAUCCCUGAACAACCAGAUUGAGAGCAUCCGCAGCCCAGAUGGAACCAAGAAGAACCCAGCUCGCACUUGCCGCGAUCUGAAAUUGUGCCACCCUGACUGGAAGAGCGGUGAAUAUUGGAUUGACCCCAACCAGGGUUGCACUGUUGAUGCUAUCAAAGUCUUCUGUAACAUGGAAACUGGAGAGACAUGCGUCACUCCCAGCCCAUCCAAGAUUCCCAAGAAGAACUGGUGGACAAGCAAGAGCAAAGACAAGAAACACAUCUGGUUUGGAGAGACAAUCAAUGGUGGCUUCCAAUUCAGCUAUGGAGAUGACAGCUCAGCACCUAACACUGCUAGCAUCCAGAUGACCUUCCUGCGUCUGCUGUCCACUGAUGCAUCCCAGAACAUCACCUACCACUGCAAGAACAGCAUUGCUUUCAUGGAUGAAGCAUCAGGCAACCUGAAGAAGGCUCUUCUUCUCCAAGGAUCCAAUGAUGUUGAGAUUAGAGCUGAGGGCAACAGCAGGUUCACAUACAAUGCUUUGGAGGAUGGCUGCAAGAAACACACUGGCAAAUGGGGCAAGACAGUUAUUGAAUACAGGACACAGAAAACCUCUCGCCUGCCCAUCGUGGACAUUGCACCUAUGGAUAUUGGUGGAGCUGAUCAGGAAUUUGGCGUUGACAUUGGCCCAGUGUGCUUCUUGUAAAAACCAAAAGUUAAAAAAAAUUAAAAAUAAAUAAAAACCCUAAGGACCUGAGUACUUUCCAAUCACUUUUAGGACUUCUGCACUGAAUGGCUGAACCGACCCCAAAUUUCCAUUCAUCCACGUGCUUACAUUUUGGACUUUUUAUUUUGUGUUACAAGGCCAGAACUGGGCAGACUGCGAAAUAAAAUCAUGGUAUUAUUUAUUUAUUGUCUUCCUGUAAGACCGAUGGGUCAGGUGAAGGUGUGAAACUAACUGGCAUGUUUGAAGGCCCCCUAACAGAUGUACAAGGUGCAGUUAAAAGCGUCCCUCCCUCCCCUCCCACAGUGUAUAUCAGCAGGAAUACAGUGUGUCAUUGAAUGAAAUGGUGCUAUUGUAAAACAAUUUUGUAUUUUAUAACAUCAAAUAAUAUAAAAACAUUUUGGAAAGUACAAGUUGAUCUGGGCUUUGUUCUUUUACUUUUUUCUUUUUUUUUAUUAUACUGUAGAUAGAACAGUUUGGAAAAAUCUAAGAAUAAAAGUUCUUCUGCCCUUUUAUUCCUUUUUAAUUCCAGUAUGAGAUGAAGUUAAGGGAAAAACCUAAAGCUUCCCAGGUUUAAGCUACCUCACACUAAUGGAAAACUAUAAUAACACAAAGCAAAAUCUUGAAGCUGAACUCAGCACACAUUAGGAGUUCUCUGAAAAAUUUAUUGAAGGAGUGAUCUUGGUACACAAUCUCAUGUUAUUAUAAAUAUAAUGGGAUCUGCAUUCAAUAGAAGAUGAAAAGACAAAAGGUGAAAUAUCGAGAAUCGUGAUAAAGCAGUAGCUGAUGGCAGCUUAAAUGGUGUGGUUUUGCGGUGAAACAUUUUGGACAAUGCCAAAGUUUUGCAGCUUGAGUCUCAGUAAAAUUGGUAUUGUAGUAGGCAAGUGGAUGAUGUAUACAUUUCAGGUCAAAGCCAUUCAAAGUAAUUACUGUAGUUUUCCCAAAUUAUGUAUUCAAACUAUGCAUCCCCAAUGCCAACCCCAACAUCUAUCUAUCUAUCUAUCUAUCUAUAUAUAUAUAUAUAUAUAUAUAUAUAUAACUCUGACCUUUGCAUAGUUUAAAGGGACUUACAGGUAGGCAUUGGGGCCAGAGGAGGGAGAGGCGUACAAAGAAAAAAGGAUAAGAACCAAGAAUAUGUACUAUUUUGUAUAUGUAAAAUAGAUUUUUUUUUAUUAUUUUGCAAUACUGAUUUUCAGCAUAGUAGGCUAGUAAAGUGCCCAACACCAACACUAAUCUUUCUUGUGAAAUAAUUGUCUUACUGUAUCUCUUCUCAUUUUCUAAUACUGCAAUAAAGAUAGAAAGCUUUUCUAUAUAAAAAAAAAUAAAACAGGUUUUGUUUGAUUUUUAAAAAAAUUUGUGUUAAAGUCCAUCCUAUGAUGUAAUCUUUGUUGAAUGAUGUUAAUCUUAUCUGGGAUAUUUCAUGACAGAACAAACCAACCCAAAUAAAAGUUUUAAUUAAAAAAAUAAUAA